AUGCCUCCCAAGCGAAUCUACGUCGAGAAGGCCUCCCGCCGGGCUCCCAAGGGCGUCCUCGCCUCCACUUAUGACGCUCUUACCUCCUCCGAGAACGCCGCUUUUGUCCGCAGCAUUGCCAUCUUUGGUGCUGCUGUGACAUUCCUCUCCAGCUCCUGGGGCGAGAUCCUCCUGCCUCCCCAGUAA